AUGGCCGACGCCGUCCUCACGUCUCUCUGCGGCAUUUGCCACAUCUGCCCUCCGAAAUACAAAUGCCCUCGCUGCAACAUCGCCACCUGUUCAUUAAAAUGCAUCACGACGCAUAAGGCUUGGUCGCAAUGCAGCGGCGAACGCGACCAAACUGCCUAUGUCGCCAAAUCGAAGCUGGCGACGGCCGCUGGCAUUGACCACGACUAUAAUUUUCUGCAUAGCAUCGAGAUGGCGUCCGAACGCGCGGAACGAGUCUUGGUGGAAGACAAAGGCAUAAUACAAAAGGACGAAUUACGGCCGCUGACGGUGGAGGAAGUGAGAUGGAAAGUGGGCAGAGAUGGGAGGAAGAGAAAGGUUUUGAUCACGAGGGUUCUGAAGCAAUCCAAAGAGAGACUGGCGGAUAAGCUUCUUGCGAGCAAGCUUAAGAAGUUGAACACAGUGGUUGUGUCCGCACCCCAGGGCAUGACGAGGCAGAAGGAGAACAACACCACGAUAAGCAGAAAGUCUGGUCGGAUCAAUUGGCAAGUCGAGUGGUUCACCUUUGAGAAGGACCUUAACGAUACGAACAAAACGAACAAGUCAAGAGUUCUUUCGAAGCUUUCGGACGAUGUGCCGUUAUACGUGGGAUACAACUCGUUGUUGGAAUCCCAAGCGAAGACAGAAGGCAAGGUGCAAAAGAGAUCCUACAGAGGAGUCGCGCAGAAUCCCUCUACGGCUCAUUGGCAGUUGGCGAAUGAUUCAAUUCAAGACCCUCAGACAGGGAGCUGGAUUUCAAUUCGAACGGCAUCGAUUGACGCGUGGCCACGAGAGCACGAUGAGUUGCAGCGACGACAGUUUCAAUUCUUCCUUGAGAGUGCCCAGAAGCGAUCAAAUCAACUGGUCACCCUUACGCCCAUUCCAUCUGAAGAAUGUCUUCGAGACGUUCUUUCUAAUACCAAAGUUUUCGAAUUCCCGGCGAUAUAUGUGUUGCGCGAGGGAGAAGCUUUACCGACUGGCUUCGUGCUGGGUCCAAAAGACACUGUCCCGGGUCAUGAAGAGCAUCAACGAAAUAGUAAACGCAAAGGUGGUCCGCAGCAAGGAAGGGAUAGGAACAGACCUGCUAAACGGAGAAGACCAGGCGACAGGGAAGAUGUCGAAGAGGGCGAACUCGGAGGGCCGGAUGAAGAAGCCCAGGAUGGCAUGGAGGCUGGGGAUGUGAUUGCCGAGCAAAGCUUGAGUGAGGGCGAUGACGAUACCAGUGAUGACGAUACCAGCAGCUCAGGAUCUGACAGCGACUAA